AUGCCUGAUACCAGCGAGAAUUACCCUGCUGUUGAUACCACUUCCUACCAGACAAUUUGCCCGCAGUCAUCGCAUCCCGCCUCUACAAUGUCAUUGAUUCAUGCGUUGGUGGCCCGUGGGUCGACAGUGCUAGCCGAGCAUAAGAGCGGACAGCGAGAUUUCUCGCAAGCAACACAAACCAUUCUAUCCAAAAUUCCCCCGAAUAACAGUAAGCUCACGUAUGUCUGGGAGCAAUACCUGUUUCAUUAUGUGUCUGAGGGGGGGGUUACCUACCUCGUAAUGGCUGACGAUUCGGCCGGACGACGAAUGCCCUUCACGUUCCUUGCCGAGCUCCAGCAACGAUUCACGUCCCUCCCCUCUGCCUCCUCCGAUUCGUUCUCUUCCUCGCCCAGUUAUGCCCUCCAAGGAUCGUUCGGGCCUACUAUUGCACAGCUAAUGCAAACAUAUAACACUGCGCCACCUGCUGAUGAGCUCACCCGUGCGCAAUCAGAACUCGCACAAGUAAAGGACAUCAUGGUCCAGAACGUGGAACAGAUCCUCUCGCGCGGCGAGCGCAUCGAGCUUCUCGUAGAUAAGACGGACAACAUGGCAAGCCAGGCCACGGCUUUCCGGCGUGGUGCACGGACAGUAAGGCGAAGUAUGUGGUGGAAGAACAAGCGGGUUGUAGGACUCAGCUUCGUCGUGGCGUUGGUCUUAAUGUGGGUCUUAGUUGCACAAUUCUGCGGGGCCGGCUUGAACCAGUGCGGAGCAAAGUCGGAUUCAUAG